AGCGGCUGUCUACAUUCCCUGAUCUGCUGAUGAAGCACUCUGUGAGAUCACUCACACGCUCGCUCAGGACUAGGUGAUCAGACCGACUGCGUCCACAGGUAAUGAGGAAAUUUAAAUGUAAUGAAAUGUCUUUGCAGCUUAGUUUGUAAACUAACGUUUUUGCUACAAGCAAUCGUAAGCAAGGCAAAUACUGUAUGUUCAGUUCACAGUGCAUAGGCUAGGUUUUCGAGCACUUGUUUACAUUCGGACAUUAAAAUGCUCUUACGCAGAAUGACUUCCGAUUAAGUGCGUAUAACAAGGCUGACAGUCCAGUGCUGGACGUAGAAAAUUGAUUUGAGUCAGAUUUGAGUUGGACACGAUGCCCAAGGAUGUGCAAAAGUGUUGCCACUUUCUUGAUGCAGUUCAUGCUUUUGAAACUUAGCUUUGCAACUCAAAAAUUAAAUGGCAUAUGUACAAAGUCUUGAUUCAUGGAAAGGAAAGCUCCAGGUAAAGGUGAAAGUGUUACGUUCAUUGCUUUUAAAACUGGGAGCCAAAUUGUGGUAGGUAGUCUAUAGGUUGUCCCUCCCGCAAAUCUUAGAUUUAUUACUGAUCAAUGCGUUGAACAUGAGUUAAUUUGUUUCCUAAACUGAAAGGUUGUUUUAAAGGUCAGAUUGUUUUACAGCGAGUAACCAGUUCAUAUCUAUUGACUCGAACAACCUUAAGGACUGUGCGCUAAUUUCGGUAAGUAGGUGGGUGUGUGCGCAAAGGCGGGCGCUCAUUUUGCAGAUUCGCUGCACGUAGCCAUCGGUAGGCGGACGAAAUGCCGUCGGCGGAGCGUGUGUCGCGGUGCAACAUUUCAGUCCAGGAGGAUCGCAAAGCCAGUUAGUCGCGCUGCACGCUUUGCGUCCGCUGUGCAGCGGAGACCGCGGGAGGUCGACACGGCGAUAAUGGCUUUACACCAGCAUUUGCAGCAAGGAGGCUUUGACAGCGAAUCUGAGUUUUCUGGACAUAUGCUGAGUUGCUAACGUUAUAUUUUGUGAAAGGAAUUGAAUCAAGACCAGCUCCAUGGACUGAGACGUAUAGCAGACUGUAGAAACUCGCUGCAGGAGAAAACGGGAAGAUAUUUGACUUCAGCCUUGUUGUAUGGAAGAGCUAUUUGGCUUUUUAGCUGUGAGUAAAUGUCGGCAAGCGCACUACUCAGGGCAACGAAAGGAGCAGGAGCCGUUAGCUAGCAUACCGACUUUCAACGCAGAUUUGUCACUGAGCUUGUACAUGCUAAGGCGAGAUCUAUAUAGUGCGCCGUCUUUUAUUUGUUUUGUUAGUUGUCUAAACUGGAAAAUAUCUAUAGCAAGCUAACCGUUCAUAUUCCCAUCAGUACAUAAUUCGAAAUAAAAUAUUAGCUUCGGGUUGCACGGUUAAUUUAAACUUAGCUAGAAUGUCCUUGUUUCUGUCUAGGAAGGUAACUAGUGAUUAGACUAUUGAUGGCUGACAGUUUAGCAAACGACCUGACUUCGUAAACAAAGGAAUUAGUGCUGCGAGCAGGACUGCACGCUAAUGCUACCCCUGCUAUUUAACCAGUUUUAGAUUCUGUCGUUUUGCUAGCAGUUUUAACUAACUGGCUAAGUGAUGUACCGAGUGCAAAGAGAAAUGGACUGAACGUUGGAUGAUUAACGGUUUGGCUAUAUGGAGGGAAUUUAGCAUACAGUUAAAAGAUUUCAGUUUGUAACGUUUUCCUUAAGGACGAUGUCUAGCUGUAACGGUAGCUAUAUUAACUCGCACAGAGUCGUUGUGUUUUCGAACGCAUUUGGUUAAUUAUGACAUUAACCUCAAUAGUCUACAGCUACAACCACAGAAACACCAACUACUCUGAGCCAAACAAGUAGCUAAUGUUAAUCUAGCCAAAAUACGUAAAUCUAGCUAUAAUUACAUGUCUAACGGUAGGUAGUCUAAUCUAGUCGAUCUGAAGUGCCACGACAAACCGUAGCUGAAGUUACAUAGAGUCGAGUUAGAGUAGUUAGUCGGCGCAACCUCUCUGGCUGUAUCUAUUCAAUAAUUUCUGAACAAUGACAUUCAUCACUAUACUGCCUGUACCUUACACACCUUCCAGUGCUCUUAUUCCCAGCACACCGCCCGCAUGCACGGCUGAUUUUAGCUCUCUUUAGCUGGUUUAAGCCACAGUGUCACUUUUACAGUCAUCGCUUUAGCACGUUUAACCGUUUAAAACUGUAACGCCAUGAAAAACUGCGAGUAUCAACAAAUCGACCCGCGGGCACUUUCAACACCUACACCGACUACUACACCUCUGCCUCCCCCGUGUGCGAAGAAGACUGGGAGACCUCGGAGAAAAUGGGAAGUUUUUCCGGGUCGAAAUCGCUUUUACUGCGACGGACGGAUCAUCGUCGCUCGGCAAAUGGGGGUUCUCCCUUUGACGCUCGGCCUCAUACUCGUCACCAGCAGCCUGUUCUUUAUAUUUGACUGCCCGUUCCUGGUGGCGCAUCUGACCGGCUGCAUCCCCGCGAUCGGAGGGCUGCUGUGCGUGUUUGUGGUCGUUUCCCUCCUGCAGACCAGCUUCUCCGACCCGGGCAUCCUGCCGAGAGCCACGCCGGAAGAAGCUGCCGACAUCGAGAAGCAGAUCGAUAACUCGGGCUCGUCCUCCUACCGGCCGCCGCCCCGCACCAGGGAGGUGCUGAUCCGGCAGCAGGUGGUGAAGCUCAAGUACUGCUUCACCUGCAAGAUGUUCCGCCCGCCCCGCACCUCCCACUGCAGCCUGUGUGACAACUGCGUGGGCUCUCAGAGUGGGAAGGGCCUUGUCUUAGCCCUGCAGGAGAGUCCCGCCAGUGUGCUGGAGUUGGUGGUCUGUUUUUUCUCCAUCUGGUCCAUACUGGGCCUCUCAGGCUUCCAUACGUAUCUCGUGGCCUCCAACCUCACCACCAAUGAGGACAUUAAAGGUUCCUGGUCGGGGAAGAGGGGUGCAGUGGAUUCUGGGAACCCGUACAGCUACAACAACAUCUUCACCAACUGCUGCGUGGUGCUGUGUGGGCCCAUGCCCCCCAGUUUGAUUGACAGACGGGGUUUUGUGCUGACAGACACCCCUCCUGCUGCCCCCCAGGAGGCGGAGCUCCCCCACUUUGUGGCCAAAAAUGAUGCUAACAUGUGUGCGCGCGGGGCGAAGGACCUGCUGGAGACGGCCACCCACGCUCCGCUCCUCUCGGGUCCGUGUUCCCGAGCCACGCCCAAGACCGCCCCCGCCGGGCCGGACCUCCUCAGCCCCGCCCCCUGCCCCGCCCCUCGCCCCGCGCCAGCCAAUCGGCCGUCUUCUCCUGGGUGCACCGGCCGCCACGCUCGCCGGUCUGCAGACAAGCCCCGCCCCCAGCGAGGCAGCAAGCGCGCGGCUCUGCACGCCCCAAACCCCGUCUACGACAUGGCGGCCCCGCCCACCUCCCCCACCCAUGGCCCCGCCCCCAGCCUGGCUUUCAGUACGCUGCACUGAGCGCGCUCCAGAACAGUGGCGGUUUCCAGGGAGGGGCAACUCCCCGUGGAUCAUUGCAGUGCAUUGUGGGAAACUCAGCUGUCGGAGUAGAGGGGGGAGGGGCUUAGGAAAGGGGAGAAGCCUCCGAGCAAACUCUAUAGCUGGGGGCGGGGUCAGCUGCCUGAAAGUUUGGAAAAAGCACAAAAGACUAGAGGGGUUGUUUUUGCAAGAUUCCCCCCUUUUUUAGGCUGUGUACCGCCCGCGUGCGUCAUGCAAAGUAUUGAGCCAUAUUUUAUAGCGCCGUCAGGAGGCGCUAACUCACAGCAAUAACUGGGCUCGCUGCUACACACCUGGGUGUGUGUGACCAUGGCAAUGUCACACCUGUUCGCCCUACUCAUGCAAAACUCCAGAGUAGUACUCCUGAGAGAGGAGCAGAGGGAGGUUUAAUUGGGGGAGGGGGGGGGGGGGAAUGGCAGGACGUGUCUGUGUGACAUCCCAGUGCAUGUGUGACAUCAUAAGGGAGUGGCCCCUCAGCUGGGUCUCCUUUAAGCGGCCCAGGUUCAUACGCCCCCCCCAGGAUCAUCUGGCCUGGUGAGCUGUGCUGGAGAGCCGUGGUACACAGAACUGCAGAACCCAGGCUCAAGAUGCUGCUCUUUCCGGGUUCUGUAUAGUUCUUCCCGGUUCUGCUUGGUUCCACACGGUUCUGCGUGUCUCUGCACCCCCUUGCUUAGUUUAGCCUUUUUAAGUGAAAAUAUUUCUAAUUUUUCUGUUUGCUUUGUACAUGUUUUGGCCUCACGGGUUUUAAAAACAUGCAUUUUUUAAGGUCAGUGAAGAUGAUUCUUGAGGAAAACAGGCAGAGAAUAGAGAUGUGUACAAUUAUUUGUUUACAAUACAAACUUACAUUGCACACUCAGACCUGCUUUAGACCACGGUGUGAUUUAGACACGCCCACUGCACAUUAGACACGCCCACUGCACACUUUAGACACGCCCACUGCUCACUUUAGGCACGCCCAUUGUAUGCUUUAGACAUGCCCACUGUAUGCUUUAGACAUGCCCACUGUAUGCUUUAGACAUGCCCAUUGUAUGCUUUAGACACGCUCACUGCUCACUUUCGAUGCUGCUUGCAACAUAAUGGCAGGGUGCCAGCUACACAACACCAACCUCAUCGCUGCGUGUUCAGCUGGUCCUGCGUGUUCAGCUCAUUCAGCGUGUUCCGCUCAUUCAGCGUGUUCCGCUCGUUCUGUGUGUUCAGCUGGUCCUGCGUGUUCAGCUCAUCCGAUGUUCAGCUGGUGUGACGAGCUGAGAAGCCACUGAACCGCUCUCCUCUCCUGCGGGUUUCUCCUGUCUGAGCGAGACGGAUUCUCCUCUGUAGUUUGCCUCUGAACUUUGGGAAGACAGGAAGGGGAUUAAAAUACCUGGGUCAUCCCGUUUUAUCUUUUUAUACCUCUCAAGGGCUGAUAAUGUAAUCUCCAUGUAUAUGAUCCACACAAAGUACCUUCAAUAAAAAGAGCUUGAAGAGGAAA